AUGCCUCCACCGGACAAGAACUGGGCGCUGACCCGGUGUUGGCUUGGAAAUGGGGGUGGGAUUUCCCGAUCUUUCCUGUCAUUGGUUAAUAUUUUAUUCUGUUGACAUGUUUUCUUACUGCUAAUGCUUCCGACACCUUCUUGCCCCCCUCCUCCUCCAGAGUCUGGCCGGAGCUGUCAGAACCACGCCUAUAGAGGCCCACAAUUGGUCCAGAAAGCGUAAAAUCAGUAAUCAAAGGGGCUUGGUUCAUUAGUGUUUGGGAUGGAGGCAGGAAGGACAUGUGAGAUAGUCACAGAUCUGCAGUGAGCGGGACCACAUCUCCACAGUCAGUGCGGAAUGAGUCAGGCAGAGAAACGGCUUAUUUCUGUGAGAGGCACGCAGCGCAGCCGGGCUCUGCCUUCCCAGCGCCGCUUCUUCUAAGGACUGGGCAGAGGAACCACAGGGAGAGCGCCCGAGCACCAAUCCUGCCUUUUCCGCUCCGAUAACGUGCCGCGUGUGCGACAAGGCGCUCCGCUCUUCACCGCCGCAUUACACAAACUAAGUGCUCGCGGAACGCGGAGCUCUUGGCUGAAGCUCGGGGGAAAUACCACUAAAACAUCCAUUAUUUCACAUCGGUUUUUGUGGAUGCACCGAUGAGAGAUCCAGUUUUUACAGGGACUGCAAUGGCUUAUCACCCUUUCCACGCACAUCGGCCGACUGACUUCCCCAUGUCCGCCUUCCUGGCGGCCGCGCAGCCUUCCUUCUUCCCGGCGCUCAGCCUGCCUCCCGGAGCGCUCACCAAGCCCAUUCCGGAGCACGGCCUGGCCGGGGCGGCGGAGGCUGGGCUCCACCCGGCCCUCAGCCACCAUCAGGCGGCUCAUCUGCGCAGUUUGAAAAGCCUGGAGCCCGAGGAGGAAGUGGACGACGACCCUAAAGUUACACUGGAAGCCAAGGAUCUUUGGGACCAGUUUCACAAGCUCGGGACGGAGAUGGUUAUUACAAAAUCCGGAAGGAGGAUGUUUCCCCCGUUUAAAGUGCGAAUAAACGGGCUUGAUAAAAAAGCCAAAUACAUCCUGCUGAUGGACAUCGUGGCGGCAGACGACUGCCGCUACAAGUUCCACAACUCCCGCUGGAUGGUGGCGGGCAAGGCCGACCCGGAGAUGCCCAAGAGGAUGUACAUCCACCCGGACAGCCCGGCCACCGGCGAGCAGUGGAUGGCCAAGCCUGUUGCAUUCCAUAAACUCAAGCUGACGAACAACAUCUCAGACAAACAUGGAUUUACCAUCCUGAACUCCAUGCACAAGUACCAGCCCAGGUUCCACAUAGUGCGGGCCAACGACAUCCUCAAGCUUCCGUACAGCACUUUCAGGACCUACGUGUUCCCGGAGACCGAGUUCGUGGCCGUGACAGCGUAUCAGAACGACAAGAUAACGCAGCUGAAGAUUGACAACAACCCAUUUGCCAAAGGAUUCAGAGACACUGGCAACGGGAGGAGGGAGAAAAGAAAGCAGCUGACCAUGCCGUCGCUGCGAAUGUAUGAGGACCAGUGCAAGGCAGACCGCGAGGGCGCAGACUCAGACGCCUCCUCCAGCGAGGCUCCAACCACCAGAGACGCCGUCCACUCGCCUCUGGGGUCCAGCACCAGCCCGCUGAGGUUCAGCAGACCCAGUCGAGAUGAGAAAACCUGCACUGACAGCGAACAGGAACUGGAGCACCAGGACGAGCACUGCACCGGCUCCAACAGUCCAGGACCGGAACCCGUGUCCCCCUACAGCUCCAGGUGUGAGGACCGCGUGCGGGAGCGGCCCAGCGGGGAAAAAAAGGACGACUCCAUGUUCAGUAUAAGGAACCUAGAGAAGGACAAGGCUGAGAGCAGACACAGGAAAGACACCAUGGACACACUGACAAAGGACUCAGAGGCUGGAGGCAUCAGUGCCAGUAAGGACGCCUUCUCCCCCCUCAUGGUCCAGACUGAGAGUCCCUCGCAUUUCAGCCCGGGCCACUUACAAAGCCUGGCUCUGUCUGGACUGCACAGUCAGCAGUUCUUUAACCCUCUGAACACCGGAUCACCACUGUUGUUUCACCCAGGGCAGUUUGCCAUGGCCCCUGGAGCCUUUUCUGCUAUGGGCAUGGGACAUCUAUUGGCCUCCGUAUCUGGAGCAAGUGCUUUAGAAAAUGGUAACCUCUCCACACAGGGCACGGGGGGAGCAGCCAACCCCUUCCCCUUCCAUCUGUCCCAGCACAUGCUCGCCUCCCAGGGCAUUCCAAUGCCUCCCUUCGGAGGUCUCUUCCCAUACCCUUACACCUACAUGGCGGCAGCUGCAGCCGCGGCCUCCGCCUCCGCCUCGGCCCUCCCCACCACCAGCACCUCCAGCCCGCUCUCCAGGAACCCCUUCCUGGGCUCGACCCGGCCUCGCCUCCGCUUCAACCCCUACCAGCUCCCGGUGUCGUUGCCUCAGAGCUCCAGCCUGAUCACCAGCGGCCUGCCGGGCAGCAUCAACCUGGGCUCUGAGUCAUCCAAACCCGGCAGCAGGGAGACCAGCCCCGCACCGGAGCACCACAGCAACCACAAGACAGGAGGGUCAGGUGGGAGGGAUGCGUCUCCCAAAACCUCCAUAAAGGACUCCGUGAAUGAGCUGCAGAGUAUUCAGAGACUGGUGAGUGGCCUGGAGGGCCAGAGGGAGCCCUCCCCACCUGCUGUCUCCCCCAAGUGAUGAAGACUCUGUCUGGGAUGAAGUCUCAGCUUGAAUACCAGACUAUAAGUGCAUAUGACCUGUACAGCACAUUACAAAGACUGGGAUCGGGAUUGAUGAAGGCCGAUAAAUGACGCUGCAGACUGCAAGAAAUUGAGCUCAGCCAUCAUCAGACAUGAAACAUUUGCUCAGACCCCUUUCUAAAGCCUCUGAUCAUUGAUCAAAUAAACGAAUCGACAAAAACAAAUAGAAAAACUAUUACAAUGAAGUGAUCAUAGAAAUAUUAAAGUACAAUUACAACCUAACGAAGUAUCAUAGAGUAAUACUGAUCGUUUCCAGUGAAGAACAUGUUGAGUCCAGCCGCGGACCGCACGAAGAGCCCGCAGCGCCGCAGACUGAGCGGCUGCGCUGGGUUGAGUUCAAUUGAAGCUUUUUCAAACCCCAGGCUGCGUCCUAAACGGGAGCCUCCCCGCGUUUCCCUUUUUUUAAGCCUGAUUAAAAGGGAUGGAAGUGGAAAGAAAGACAGAAAGAAAGCGCGUCCUACAUUACAUGCCAGAAAAACGUUUUUGAACUAUUUAUGUAAUUAAGAAUAAGAAAAAAAUCUGUAAAUAAAGCUAAGAUCCAAGAAUAUGCAAUUGGUAUUAAUUUAUUCAAGGCUGUAUAUUAGCGUGUAUAUAUUUCGAAUUUAACUCGUUGCUUUUGUUUCCGCCCUCCUUCUUCUCUACCAUCAUUUUACAUAAACAUAUACUGUACAUGGAAGCUAUCUAAUGAUUGUUGGUUUAACACGUUGUGUAUGAAGCAUCGCUGAUUUUUAGGAGGCGUGUGUGCCAUUUAGAGAGGAACACACCUCAGGUUCUUUCACUCCCACAGGAGACGUUCGAAGCAAUUCCUUCAAUGGGCGCAUCAUUCAUAUCUAUUCAUAAAUAUAUUUAAAGAUGAAAGUAUCUUGUUUAUGCUGGUUGUCCGGGUAUUACUUUUUUUGAUUGUCUCACAAUUUCAAUAAAAAAUCGUUGUGCUUUAAA